GAGAUAAAAAAUACAUUUUCACUCUAAAAAGUAAAAAUUUUUUUUCCCUCCAUUUUUAACAUCUCCGUCAUCAUACAUUUCCUCCAAUUUUAUUCGUGUUAUGAAUCCGGGAUUCAAUCGCUGGUGUAUUUAUCUGGGAUAAAUCAAUAAUGCCACCGAAAAAAGACAAUAAAAUGGACGAAGAUGUCGCAAAUGUUAUCAGUGAGCUACAAAACCAAUUGGUCAAAAUGCGAGUCGAAUUGGAUCUAUUACAAUCAAGUCAAUCAACACCAAGAGUUCAAACCGAGUCUCAACAAGGUGAGUCAAUCGAUAUUCUACACUCAAUUAUUCAACAUUCACCGGAAUCGUCAAAAACUAUUCCCAAUUUCGAUCCACAAAGUACAACUGGACUUACACCAAAACAAUGGAUAGAUGUUGUAGAAAAUGUUUCAAAAAUGUUCAAAUGGAAUGACACAUUUACAAUUCUACAAGCAAGUUCUAAGCUUAAAGAAGCAGCGAAAUACUGGUUCGACACCGUCAGAACUACUAUAAAUUCUUGGAAAGAUUUUAAAAAGGAGUUCAUUGCAAGUUUUCCAACCGUAAUCGCUGAAACCGACACGGAUGAGGACAUCCGUAAUAUCAGGACGGCCGAAGCUGUAAGCGACGCUGCCACUGGCCAACAAUAACCUACAUUAUUCAAAUAAUAAGUACGCCCAUGGAUAGUUCACUAUUUCGCCACAGUGAAUCCAUACUUAAUAACC